GAGGGCAGCGAGGUCUGCGUGUUCAGCUUGGGCGGCGCGGCUGGUGAGGACGGCGACGAGGAGGGCCCCACGGAGGACCCCGAGCUGUUCAGCCUGGGCGCCUGGUCGCCGGAGCCGACCGACCACGCCGAUCCGCUGCCCACGGGCGUCGCUGGCAAGGGCGAAGGUGGAGCGGCGCCAGCCUGGACGCUGGGCGCAAGCCCAGUGCUCCUCAGCGCGAUCGAGAGCGUGGCCGCGGCGCAGGGACCAGCGGCGAGCGUGCAGCACAGAGCGGACAAUUGGACUGGGAGGAAAAAAAAAGUCUCUGGGAGUUGCCACGAAGCGCGGAACACGAGCCCGUCGGGAGGUGGCUCAACAGACAAGGCAUCGAGGGGGGCGCGGAGAUUGGCUGCGAAGCGCCCACCGUGCACACAGCCAGACCCCUGCCUGGCUGCAUCCAGCAAGGGUUGA